GGUUACCUGCCAAGCCCAGGACGAACAGCACUGCAGGAGCUGUGCCCACUUGUGGUCCCGGACUCUGCCCACAAGCUGUUCAUUGGGGGCUUACCCAACUGCCUGAACGAUGAUCAGGUGAAAGAGCUGCUGACAUGGUUCGGGCCUCUCAAGGCCUUCAACCUGGUCAAGGACAGCGCCACCUGGCUCUCCAAGGGCUGCACCUUCUGUGAGUAUGUGGACAUCAGCGUCACGGAUCAGGCCAUGGCGGGGCCCAACGGGAUGCAGCUGGGGGACAAGAAACUGCUGGUCCAGAGGGCGGGUGUGGGAGCCAAGAAUGCCACGCCGAGCACCAUCCACCAGACCCCCGUGACCCUGCAAGUGCUGGGCCUGAGCUCCCAGGUGCAGAUGGGCAGCCACCCCACGAAGGUCCUGUGCCUCCUGAACACGGUGCUGCCCGAGGAGCUGCUGGACGACGAGGAGUACGAGGAGAUCGUGGAGGACAUGCUGAACGAGUGCAGCAAGUACGGGCUGGUCAAGUCCAUCGAAAUCCCCUGGCCGGUGGACGGCGUCGAGGUGCCCGGCUGCGGGAAGGCCUUCGUGGAGUUCACCUCUGUGUGUGACUGCCAGAAAGCCAUGCAGGGCCUGACAGGUCGCAAGUUCGACAACAGAGUGGUUGUCACAAAAUACUGUGACCCCGACUCUUACCACCGCCGGGACUUCUGGUAGAGGCGGCGGGGGUGGGUGGAGCCGGGCUGGCUGGGGGCUACUCCCCCAUGCCCCCUCCCUCUUUCCCCCUCCGUAGACAACAGGCAGAGGAGUGACAGCCGAAUGACAGGCGGCAGCAACUGGAACGGCAGCAAUUAAGGGUGGGGGGUGGAGGGGGGGAUGGGAAGUGUGCACACGGCCCACACACGCACCCACAGACAGAGGGAAGGGGUCUGGAUGGGGAGGGGUGCACGGAAGGGUGGGGUAGGACCCCACAGCCCCUCCCCAAGACAGCCUCUCCUCCCUCAUACCUCACCCGCUCAUCCCCCUUUCCACCGUAGGAACAGCGUGUUUAUAUUUUAUGGCCAAACUAUUUUGAAUUUUGUUGUCUGGCCCUUUGCCCUCCCUCUCCCUCCCCAGCUCCGCAGGUCCAGCCCUUUGGCCUCUAGUCCUCCCCUUGGCUUCUUAACGUAGUUGGUUCUCUCCUCUCCAGUCCCACGGCCCUGCCCCUCCUCCUCUGUGGCAGUUUCAUAUUUGCUAAGACGAAUUUGCGCAUUAAACAUUUGUUGUAUUUUAAAAAAAAAUAGAGUAAAAAUUAAAACUUUGCUAUCUUUAUCACAAGCAGGUCCUUACAGCUUGGAGCAAGGCAACUGUAAACUUACAAAAGGGACAGUGGAAG